CUCACGAACGUAUAUAUGCACUAUUCACGCAACUUCGCGCCUCGGGGGCCAUCUUUCCCCGUCAUGGAGGCGGCGGGGAGCAUUAUUUUUUUACUCUCCCUUUGAUGGUUUUAAAGUCUUCCAAAGUCGUGUCUUUGAUGGGUUUCUUUUUGAUUUGGCAAAAACUACGGGUUGAUUUUUUCUUUCUGGAGUAUUUUCAACCAUUCAUAUGAUCAAAUUUGGGGAGUUCUGAAACUUGAAUUGGGAUUUUAUUGUUGAGGAUUUGAGAUAUGACCAGUUCUUUGGACCCAUCAUCAUCAUCAUCAUCAUCCAUAAGCUUUACAUCAUCUUCCCCAACAAGGCAAGAAACACCAAACGUCCAAACGGAUCCGACCCAGAUUCCUAUUAUCUUGAGAUGAUCAGUUUGGCUGCUAGGAGUAGGGUUUUCCAUGGGCUUUUUAGGAAUAUUGGGAAGGAGAGCAGUGUUAGACCAAGGUAUUGUUUGGAGGAAUUGCUGCCCGGCGCUGGUAAGGUGGGUCGCGAGGCAUUUGCUUGUUUCUUGACCUAUCUGUACACCGGGAAGCUGAAGCCUUCGCCACCUGAGGUACCCGAGCUUGUUUCGCUUUUCCAGAGGCGGCUUCUGAAUUUCGUAGGAAGAGUCGUGGCUGAUGACUUGAUCCCCAUUCUCAGUGUUUCCUCCCAUUGCCAACUGAAUCACCUUCUUGACGAAUGCAUGGACAGGGUGGCGCAACCGGAUCUUGAAACCUUCUCCGGGGUUCCUCGUGAGAGAGUAGAAGGGCUGGGCAGUGGUAGUGCUUACGAACAGAGCAGAGAGAGCACACAGAGAAAAAAAAACAGAAUAGAGAGGAAAGGUGCUGGUGCAGAAUUUACAGACCAGCCGCACAAAUUCGAUCAUCGCCGGAGAUCCGACCGUUGGAUUGAGCUGAAAUUUUCAGAGGUUGUCCCCAACACUUUGGGCUUCAAUCUGUUCAAGUUUCACAUUAAUCGGAGCUACGGAUCUUCUGUAAUCGCAGCUGGUGCGACGCUGCAUUUUUGGGUGAUAAUCCUGAUUUUCCUUCUCUAUUGUUGAUGGCUCUUAUGUAUGUUGUUGUUGGUGGGCUGUGACAUCCUUGUAGACUGAGUUUGGGUGUUUUUACCCUCAAUUUGCAUAAUAAGAGAUGAAGAGGGCGGACUCCCUAUAAGUCCCGUGGUUUUUAUCCUUCACAUCGAAGGGGUUUUCCACGUAUAAAAAUCGUGUGUCGUUUGCAUCUUUAUUCUUCAUAUUUUAUUGUGGUUUAUUUGAUGUGUUGCUGAUUUUGUGUGCUUGGUUAAUCAAUUGUGGUAAAUUGGGUCAAGUGUUUGGUUGGUUGUCUUGAAGUUGAUCCUUGUAGGUGUCGUAUCCUACUUGUUGCUUCUCCCCCAACAUUUGGGGGAGCAAAACAGCCCAGAGGUGGAAGAGCCAACAUUGAGAAGGUCAACCCGAGUUCGACAACCUUCAAGACUUUAUCCAAGUUCAGAAUAUAUCCUACUCACUGAUGAGGGAGAGCCUGAAAGCCUUGAAGAGGUCUUGUCACAUCCAGACAAAGACCAUUGGCU